CUCGACUGCACAGCGGGUACGGGGAGUAGCUUGUCAUUGACCGGUGGAGCUGCUUGCUUAAGGGGGUCUUUUCGGUUUGUCCUGGCUGCCGUCGGUGCUUAUGGAUAUGUCUAGCUUAAAGAAGAGGCAGUGAAACAUCAUUUUUUUUACAGAAUGGGCUUCGGAGCUCUUUUGUUUGCUGGCGUUUGCUGAUUUCUUUUUCUGUGCUUCAUGUGGUGAAUAAGGCACUGAAAUGAAGAGAGUAAACAGCUUUCAGAGGUUUAUGAACAGACGGGCCUCAGCUAACUGCCGCUACCAGCCCACCUGCUAUGAGCAUGCUGCAAACUUCUACACCCAUGCACUCCUCAUCGUGCCAGCCUUUGUGGGCAUGGCGUUGCUGCAUCGUCUGUCAGACAACGGCUGGGAGAGGAUCACAGCCUGGGUGUACGGCAUGGGUCUCUGUGCCCUCUUCCUGGUCUCCACUGGGUUUCAUAUCAUCACCUGGAAGAAGAGCCACAUGAGGUCCAUGGAACACUGUUUCCACGUGUGUGACAGAGUGGUCAUCUAUUUCUUCAUUGCUGCCUCCUACACACCUUGGUUGAACCUGCGUGAACUGGGUCCUCUGGCAGCACACAUGCGCUGGUUUGUGUGGUUCAUGGCUGCUGCUGGAACCAUAUAUGUUUUCAACUACCAUGAAAAGUAUAAAGUUGUGGAGCUGGCCUUCUACUUGAUGAUGGGCUUUUUCCCUGCAUCAGUCAUAACAUCAAUGAGCAACACAGAGGGCCUCCAGGAGCUGGCCUGCGGUGGACUCAUCUACUGCCUCGGUGUGUUUUUCUUCAAGAGCGACGGCCGCAUCCCCUUCGCCCACGCCAUCUGGCACGUAUUUGUGGCGCUGGCUGCGGCCGUGCACUACUACGCCAUCUGGAAAUACCUCUACAAGGCCCCCAGCGCAGACUCCCUCCACCGGUCGUGACCCCAGCCGAGGCUGCACGCCGGUUCUACCCCUUCCCCGUAUACUUCUGAGCAGAGGCGCCUGCACACUGACUUCCUCAACUGCCCGCUGAAGCUGCAAACGACACACGUAAAAGUUUACGAGAACAGUGACUAUAAGUUGUUUACUUUUUUCUAACGUGGAGAACAGAUUUUUCAGCGUCUUCCUGACAAACAAAAGCUGUUUUGUACGACUUAAGUCUUAAAAAAAAAAAAAAAAAAAAAAAAAAAAAAAAAUUUGAAAGCGAGGGAAGGAAUUUGGACUUUUUUUUACAAUGAACCCUGGCCCAUUCAUGAGUAUUUGGGAAAUUUGAUAACAGGUUUUUUUUUGUACCGCUUGAAGUGAGUCACAUUCCACAUCAGUCAUUUUUCUGUCAAAACCCGGAAUAUCAUCCGUCUCAGCCGGUGAUUUAACACUGGGGAAAUCGAGUAAGGUGCUAAAAAAUCAGCUGUCAUCAGUCGCAGGGCUGGGCAUCAUUUAAAGGUUCUGUACCAGUACCAAAUUUAUACUUUUUGAUACAGUACUUUGCUUAUGAGAAACAAAAACACAAAAAUUACAUUUUUUCAAUUAAAAAAAGAAACCAAAGAAUUGAGAAGUUUUCAAAACAUAAAGAGCUGAACAAGAGCCACAGUUAAAUAGUUUGGGGUGGUGCGGGGGGGGGGAAUUAGAUUUUAAUUAUCUAAUAGAUAUUUGAUGCCAACUUUUCAUAUUCUUUACCAAAAAGUGUUAAGUUUUAUUCCCAGCCUUGUCUGUGCUCUGGUGCAUUUUCAAGAUGGUAAGAAAAGAAAGAAAUGAUUAGGAAAAAAUCUGAUUUUGUUUCCGAUUUCCAUUAUUAGUAUUAUUAUUUUAGAUAUAAUAUAUAUUUUACCCUUUCUGGUCCCAUCACACACUCCAGACAACAGCGUAAUUUUUUGACCAGUAUCUAAAUGCAGUCCUUGGUUUUCAGAGAUUAAGUUUCUCCUUUAAGUAUUUAGCGCCCCCUGCUGGUGUAAGGCUUGUGCGUGUGUGUGUUAAACACACAGGUGAGGUGGGAUUUUGUUAACGAGCCAUAUGAGAAAAUCAAUUCAGGCAACAUGAGAGAACGUAUGUCCCCCUACUUAAAAAUGUGAACAGUGUGCAGUAAAGUGUCUAUGCACGAUCUUUGUUCCCCCCCCCCCCCUCUCUCUCUCUCUCUCUCUCUCUCUCUCGACGUGCACCACUAGGCCAACCCGUGUUCCUGUCUGUUUCUUGAAACGGGUUUGAUCAGUGGAGAAUCUUCCCUGUUCAUGUUUUUGUCUCAUGCUGUUGGUUUUGUAGAUUAGCUUAAUGGCCCCCGAUUCCUAACAUUCCCUUUCCCUCUCAGUGAUGUAUGAAGCUGAAUGAUUGCACAUGUCUUGGUUUUGGCUGUUGUUAAAAUGAUUUCCUGAACCACUGUGUUUUGUAAUGCCUGUAUAUUCUGUUGUUUGUUCCGUUGAUUACGUGAUCCUGGCCUUUGCGGGGGGGAAGAGAAACCC